GAGGACCUGAUGGCCGCAGCAGCCGCCGACAUUCAUACAUUCACUCCCUGCUUCAGUCAUUCGGUCGUAUUUACUGAGCGCUGAGAGGGGGCGGGGCACUGUACUGAACGCUCGGGAGCCCCACCUGGGCAGCCGGGCGGAGAGAGACCCCAGGCGCGAUGCCCACCAGUUUCACCGUGGUGCCCGUGGAGGGGCAGCCUGCCCACCCUGCCCGGGCCCAGGAGGAGCCUCUGGAUUUGGGAGGCCUGGGAGAUGGCAUCCCCAAGGAGAGCAGUCCUUUCAUUCACAGUCCUGAGAUGGAGAGAGAAAAUAUCUACGAAGGGAAGAACAUGGCUCUCUUUGAGGAAGAAAUGGAUAGCAACCCGAUGGUGUCAUCUCUUCUUAACAAACUCGCCAAUUACACCAACCUAAGCCAGGGAGUGGUCGAGCACGAGGAAGAUGAAGACAGCAAACGAAAAGAAAUUAAGGCUCCACGGAUGGGGACUUUCAUCGGCGUCUACCUGCCUUGCCUGCAGAACAUCCUAGGCGUGAUUCUCUUUCUGCGCUUGACGUGGAUCGUGGGUGCAUCCGGAAUCCUCGAGUCUUUCAUCAUCGUGUUCAUGUGUUGUUCUUGCACAAUGCUGACCGCCAUAUCGAUGAGUGCAAUAGCCACCAACGGUGUUGUUCCAGCCGGGGGCUCCUACUACAUGAUCUCCAGGUCUCUGGGUCCGGAGUUUGGAGGAGCCGUGGGGCUCUGUUUCUACCUCGGCACGACCUUUGCGGGGGCCAUGUACAUCCUGGGGACCAUAGAGAUCCUGUUGACCUACAUCUCUCCGAACGCCGCUAUAUUUAAAUCGACUGAUGUCAGCGGAGAGAGCGAAGCCAUGUUGAACAACAUGAGAGUGUACGGGACGUGUGCCAUCGCUCUUAUGGCCACCGUGGUUUUUGUUGGGGUCAAAUAUGUCAACAAGCUCGCGCUGGUUUUCCUUGCCUGCGUGAUUCUGUCCAUCCUGGCCAUCUAUGCUGGUGUCAUCAAGUCGGCUUUUGACCCUCCGGACAUCCAAAUCUGUCUCCUUGGGAACCGCACUCUAUCAAAGCGUAGCUUCAGCGACUGUGUGAAAUAUUUCACCAAAGACAAUAGAACGGUGACGACACCUCUCUGGAACUUGUUCUGUAACAGCUCCUUGCCCACUGCCACCUGCGAUGAAUACUUCACCUCAAAUAACUUAACCCAAAUUCGGGCAAUUCCAGGGAUUGCCAGUGGCGUCAUACUAGAUAACUUAUGGAGUACUUAUUUAGACAAGGGAUCAUUUGUAGAAAGGCAAGAUUUGCCUUCAGUCUCCGGGUCUGAGGAAGUCCAGGCAAGCGGUCUCCCUUAUGUGCUGACAGACAUCAUGACCUACUUCACCAUGCUCGUGGGAAUCUAUUUCCCAUCUGUAACAGGUAUCAUGGCAGGCUCCAACCGAUCUGGUGACCUCAGAGAUGCUCAGAAGUCCAUUCCGACCGGAACAAUUUUGGCGAUCGCCACUACGUCUUUCAUCUAUCUGUCCUGCAUUGUGCUCUUUGGAGCCUGUAUAGAAGGCGUGAUCUUGAGAGAUAAGUUUGGAGAAGCCCUGGAAGGCAAUCUGGUGAUCGGCAUGCUGGCCUGGCCUUCUCCCUGGGUCAUCGUCAUCGGCUCCUUCUUCUCCACAUGCGGGGCCGGCCUCCAGAGUCUGACAGGAGCUCCACGGCUGCUCCAGGCUAUCGCUAGAGAUGGGAUUGUCCCUUUCCUUCAGGUGUUUGGCCAUGGGAAGGCAAAUGGCGAGCCCACCUGGGCCUUACUCCUCACUGCGGGGAUCUGCGAGAUCGGCAUCCUCAUCGCCUCCCUGGACAGCGUGGCACCAAUUCUGUCCAUGUUUUUCCUAAUGUGCUACAUGUUUGUCAAUUUGGCUUGUGCUGUUCAGACUCUUUUGAGAACUCCAAACUGGCGCCCUCGCUUCAAGUAUUAUCACUGGACUCUGUCAUUCCUCGGGAUGAGUCUGUGUCUGGCAUUGAUGUUCAUUUGCUCUUGGUAUUAUGCCUUGUUUGCCAUGCUCAUAGCAGGCUGUUUCUACAAAUACAUCGAAUACAGAGGAGCUGAAAAAGAGUGGGGUGACGGGAUCAGGGGCUUGUCCUUGAACGCUGCUCGCUACGCUCUACUUCGUGUAGAGCAUGGUCCCCCUCAUACGAAGAACUGGAGACCCCAAGUCUUGGUCAUGCUGAAUCUGGACUCCGAGCAGUGUGUAAAGCACCCCAGAUUGCUCUCGUUCACGGGCCAGCUCAAGGCGGGGAAAGGAUUAACGAUCGUGGGCUGUGUCCUCGAGGGCACCUAUUUGGAUAAGCACACCGAGGCCCAGAAAGCAGAAGAGAACAUCCGAGCCCUGAUGGCGUUGGAAAAGACCAAAGGGUUCUGUCAGCUGGUGGUCUCGUCCAGUUUGCGAGACGGAAUGUCCCACCUGAUCCAGUCGGCGGGUCUCGGGGGCAUGAAACACAACACUGUCCUCCUGGGCUGGCCUCAGUCGUGGAAGCAGUCAGACAAUCCCUUCUCCUGGAAGAACUUUGUCGAUACGAUCCGUGAAACCACUGCAGCUCAGCAAGCCCUGCUGGUGGCGAAAAACAUCGACACGUUUCCUCAGAACCAAGAGCGCUUCAGCGAGGGGAACAUAGACGUGUGGUGGAUCGUGCAUGACGGCGGCAUGCUCAUGCUGCUUCCCUUCCUCCUGCGCCAACACAAGGUGUGGCGAAAAUGCAAGAUGCGUAUCUUCACAGUAGCCCAAAUGGAUGACAACAGCAUUCAAAUGAAGAAAGAUCUCCAGAUGUUCUUGUACCAUCUCCGGAUCAGUGCCGAGGUAGAGGUCGUGGAGAUGUUUGAAAACGAUAUAUCGGCCUUCACGUAUGAGAAAACACUGGUGAUGGAACAGAGAUCUCAGAUGUUAAAGCAGAUGCAGCUUUCCAAGAAUGAACGAGAAAGAGAGGCCCAGUUAAUCCACGACAGAAACACCGCGGCUCAUUCGGCAGCCGUUGCCAAAUCGAAGGCGGCCGCCUCCUCCGCGUCGGACAGAGUGCAGAUGACCUGGACCAAGGAGAAACUGAUCGCCGAAAAGCACAAAAAUAAAGAGACCAAUUACCGAGAGAUCUUCAACAUGAAGCCAGAAUGGGGAAAUCUAAACCAGUCCAACGUGAGGAGGAUGCAUACAGCGGUCAAGCUCAACGAUGUUGUGCUCAAUAAAUCGCAGGACGCUCAGCUGGUCUUGUUGAACAUGCCAGGUCCCCCGAAAAAUCGACAAGGAGAUGAAAACUACAUGGAAUUCCUGGAGGUUUUGACAGACAGGCUGAACCGGGUGCUGCUGGUGCGUGGGGGUGGACGCGAAGUCAUCACGAUCUACUCCUAAGGGUUCCGUGAGCCUGGUGGUCUCGACACUGCACCCUCCCCUCCCCACGGGUGGACGUGUGGACAGUGGAAAUUCCUGCGUACUUGAAACGACACACCAGCUCGAGCACCGCAUCCCCAUGGGUGCGGCGUUUUUAACGGAAGAAGCGAUUUGGGAUUUUGGGCCGAGGGAACCUAACCAGUCUCUCCCGGAGAACCGUUCGGGGCCUGCACUGCCGACGGAAGGCGGGACAGUGGUUUGUGAUCGGAAGACGGUUGUCCCCGUGAAAUUUCCACUGGACACUCUUAGGAGAGUUCUUUCUCGAAUGAAAUGUGGGGAAAGGGGGAAACAGGGUGACGUCUCUUUACAAAGUUUGUAUUUUUUAGUGCUUGGUUAGUGGUUAAGUCUGGUAGGUACCCCUGAACACAGUCCUUUAUGGUCCGGAAGGGAAUGUGCAAGGAAUAAUUCCCUUGGGGAAUCACCGCUCUCUCGAUCCAUACAGUCACGGAGUGCCAAGCCUCCGCCCCACUGCUAGGGGUUCGAUUUCGGAAAAGGUGAAAGGUCGCCCGUCAUGUUUCCCCCUCGGCAUCUGGGCAACUCCCCAUUCCCACGUUUCGCUAAAUGCGCCUUUUCUGGAGCCUUGGCGUCUCUGUCCCAGGGGUACAGGCCUCCAAAGACUUCUCAUCCUCCAAACCCUCGGGCCGAACGAGGGAUGGGGCAGUCUUUACAAAGCCUGGCUUGCGGAAUAUAAGUCAAUCAUUGUACCGAAAUGUGUUCUUCUGAGGCUUACUUCUGGGAGAGAACCCUCCUUGGGGAUCCAGGUUUUUUCAUUUCCCCUGAGGACAGAAGACAGGCUAUUUGGCAGCGAGUUUGAAUUUAGUGCCCAGCGAUCAGUUUAUGAUCCCAUAAUCCACCAGGUUUCCAGAGCUAGUGACCCACCCUAAACUCAGCAGUUUUGUCAUACUGUUUCGUACUGGACUCUUUCAACGGUUCACGACCGGUAUCGCUACGAACACCUCUGUGCAUUAACCUUGGCCGUGACGGCGGCCAUUUUCUAAUUCUUCUUUCGAGUCUAGAAAAAAGCCACACUCUUUUAAUAGUCUCGGACACUGCCCGGUUCCGACUGACCUCCUGGAAACAUCCCUCGGCAGUAAAUAUCCGAGGGAGUUACCGGCUUGGGAAGAGAAACGCUUCAGCCCGAAGUGCAAUGUGUAGGAUAAAUGAAAAGAAGGUUUUGAUAUCCCAAAUGGGAAAACCGUCAUCUGUCAAGGCUCUAAGCAUGCCGGCAUUCUCAGAAUGUUCAGAGUGCAUUUCAACGGACGGAUUUCAGACGUCAGACCUAAGGAUGCGCUUUGCCCAGUACAGGAACAGAGCCAAACUAUCCGGGAGGGCCUGUCCCUAAGCCCUUCGUCGGCUCUCCUAGCGAAACAAAAGCUUAGGAAAAUCCCAGUUCAUCUGGGUAUUCUCUAGGGGAAAGGUUUGGGGGAGGGAGGGUGAUGCUCAGCCUCAUCUACCCUACCCCCGACUCACAUCGUUUCCAUAGGCACCCCGUGCCCCAACUCAGCCGGCAGCAUUGGAAAUAGAGUAUAAGGAGGAGCGGCGGCAGUUUACCCCAUCUCCUUUGGCCUAGGCAGACUGGUCACUUACCAUCCGGAUGCUUGGUUUUGCACUUUACCCUUAGACCGUGACACCCUCAUUCCACACUACGUUGGCUGAGGGCCUCGGUUUUUUGGCAUGCUCCACACCCGUGGCCUGCCUGGUCCCCGCCUUCUUCGUUCCUUCGUACACCUCGGGUGAGAUCUGGUUGCAGAUCUGGUUAGCAGAAGAUUACGAAAGCAACAGGCGAUACUCGGCCCCUUGGAAAUUCCCCGAGAUUGCAGAUUUCUUGCUUUGUCGACUCCCUCCAAGUUGACUGCCUCAAGGAAGACCACGAGACUCGUGCGUGUCCCCGCUUAGUUCAGAAGUCGCUGGGCCAUCCUGGCCCUCUUGAUGGAGUUGAUGAGGCAGCCCAGGAUUGGCGCAUUCUCUCCUCCGCCCUCUGAGGGUACAGCCCAUCUGUCCAGGUCCUCUGCCCGCCUCUUACCGGCUUGCCCUCCUCCUUGGGGCGGAAACCCCGCUGCAGAGGUAGAGAUAGUCCGGCCCGAUUGAAAAGCGAAAGUUCGAACACUGCCCUGGAAGUGGAACCCUGGGGUCCGGGGAAACGUUGCCAAAUUGCUGAGCUCUCUUUUCACUCCAGCACCUCAAUCUCAGACGUGUGUGUGUGUGUAUGUGUGUGUAUCUGCGUGUUGUGUGCCCUUGCCACCCCCAAAUGGGGAGGUUUCUGUUCUUUCUGGCAGAGAGAGAGGCAGGCACACAUCAAAAUAGGGCGUCCUGUUACCUAGUCAGGAGCUUUCUGUUUUGUUCAUCUCUCUUGUGACUUAGCUUAGGAAAUAGAAACCCCUCAGGUGCAUCAGCGGAAUCCACGUUACCAAGAAAUCCAAGAAGAUCAGUAAACGACGCUAGCGUCGUGACAAAGAAAAUGGCACCAGCACUGUGGCUUAAAUUCCAGUACCCCUCAAGCAUAGAUAAGUCCAGAGUUUCUGUCUUUAGGUGACCGGCGGUAUUUUUGCACACUUUCAGAACAGCUGUAUCCUUUUCUACACGAUAGACGUUUUUGUAACCGGUAAACGCAGCCGUUUAGAAUUGAUUUCGGGUUUGCUUUUCAUGUUUUCUCGUCCUUUGUAUGAUUUUGUUGUUAGAAAAAUAAAAUGAUGAAAUCUGUCCGAA